AUGAUCGCAUGUCAAAUACAACCAAACAAACUAUCACUUGGUCUACGAGGCAAUCCUCCAUUCAUCGAUGAAGAGUUCUAUAGUACUAUAAAGCAAAAGGAUAGCUUUUGGACAAUGGAGGAUGGUGAGAUACAUAUUACACUUCAAAAGAUGAAUAAGGCAGAGACUUGGAUGGCAGCAUUGAAGGGUCAUCAAAGUCAACAACCAAAUGAUGCAAUCGUCACUGAAGAGGUGAAGAAGAAGAUGAUGCUCGAGCGAUUCCAAGAGGAGAAUCCUGGCUUUGACUUCUCCUCUGCAGAGUUCAAUGGCCAGUCACCCGAUCCCAGGACAUUCAUGAAGGAUAACAGACAGUUCUAG